CGGAAGUUGUCAAUUUUGAUUUUGAUACUCUCAUUCUCUCCUCAAUGUCAAUUUGGUAUUAAACUACCAAUUCGAUCUGCAACCCUAAAAUUUGGGGAUUUUAUAUAGUCAUUUUCACUCUGAAGAUCGAUUGCUUACACCUGCUGCUAGUCAAGUCUAACCAUUUUUGAAGAUACUUAAGUCCAUGGCGGAUUCCAACCUCGACCCUUCAAUUUCUCACACUUCCCCACUCAUCGACGGUAACGUCUUGGUAGCUAAAGCCUUGGAACGCGCUGGCGUGGACCGUAUGUUCGGCGUCGUUGGUAUUCCGGUAACUUCUCUCGCCAAUCGUGCCGUCGCUCUCGGUAUUCGCUUCAUCGCCUUCCACAAUGAACAGUCUGCCGGCUACGCUGCAUCCGCUUAUGGAUAUCUCACUGGCAAACCAGGAGUCCUCCUCACCGUUUCCGGUCCCGGCUGCGUCCAUGGCCUCGCUGGCCUCUCAAAUGCCGCCAUCAACUGCUGGCCGAUGGUCAUGAUUUCCGGAUCCUGCGACCAGAAGGAUUUCGGCCGGGGAGAUUUUCAGGAGCUCGACCAGAUCGCAGCGGUCAAAUCCUUCUCGAAAUUCUCGGUGAAAGCGACUGAUAUUCGAGAAAUCCCUAAUUGCGUCUUCCAAGUCGUUGAUCAGGCGGUGUCCGGUCGACCCGGAGGAUGUUAUUUGGAUCUUCCGACCGACGUUCUUCAUCAAACAGUUACUGAAUCAGAGGCGGAGAAGUUGCUCUCUGAUGCAGAUAAUUCCAGAAAACAAGAAGAACCCCACAGACUCGAAAGUUCGGAGAUUGAGAAAGCUGUUUCUACCCUGCGGCAUGCUGAGAGGCCUCUGAUUGUAUUUGGUAAGGGCGCUUCUUAUUCUAGAGCUGAAAAUGAAUUGAAAAAACUGGUUGAAUCUACCGGAAUCCCUUUCCUUCCGACUCCAAUGGGGAAAGGUUUAUUACCUGAUAACCACGAGCUAGCUGCAACUGCAGCUAGGUCUCUUGCAAUUGGAAAAUGUGAUGUAGCUCUUAUAGUUGGGGCACGACUGAAUUGGCUACUUCACUUUGGUGAGUCACCAAAAUGGUCAAGUGAUGUCAAGUUCAUAUUAGUUGAUAUAAGCAAGGAUGAGAUAGAGCUUAGGAAGCCUUAUUUAGGAUUGGCUGGAGAUGCAGCAAAGGUUUUGAAGUUACUCAAUAAGGAAAUUAAGGACGAUCCAUUUUGUUUAGGAAAAACUCAUUCUUGGGUCGAUUCAAUCGCAAAGAAAGCCAAGGAAAACGUGUUGAAGAUGGAGGCACAGUUGGCAAAGGAUAUCGUGCCAUUCAAUUUCUUGACUCCAAUGAGGAUUAUAAGGGAUGCAAUUCUUGGAGUUGGUAGUCCUUCUCCUAUAUUGGUUUCUGAAGGAGCAAACACCAUGGAUGUGGGAAGAGGGGUUUUGAUUCAAACAGAACCAAGGACGCGGUUGGAUGCAGGUACAUGGGGAACAAUGGGGGUUGGUUUGGGUUAUUGCAUUGCUGCAGCUGUUGCUUCACCUGAUAGGCUUGUUGUUGCUGUUGAAGGAGAUUCUGGAUUUGGGUUUAGUGCUAUGGAAGUUGAGACAUUGGUUCGAUAUCAGCUCCCCGUGGUAGUGAUAGUCUUUAACAAUGGUGGUGUCUAUGGUGGGGACCGAAGGAACCCUGAAGAAAUUUCGGGUCCAUUCAAGGACGAUCCUGCCCCUACUUCUUUCGUUCAAGGAGCAGCCUAUCAUGUUCUAAGUGAAGCCUUUGGAGGGAAAGGGUACCUUGUGGGAACACCAGAUGAGCUCAAGUCUGCACUUGAUAAAUCCUUCUCGGAGAAGAAGCCUGCAGUUAUAAAUGUCACAAUUGACCCUUAUGCUGGUGCUGAAAGCGGAAGGAUGCAGCAUAAGAACUGAGGUUUGUUUGAUUCCACUCUUUUGCCAAAAGUAUUAGUAAUAAUGAUAUGCAUUAAGAGAGAAUCAAACUAGAGUAAUAAUGCUUCUUUUUACAUGUUAAGUAUUAGAGCUUGUUUGA